AUGGGCUACAUCUCGGUGCAACGGUUAACAAUUCCUCGAAUCGUGACCAACUUGCCGACGCUCUCCACCCUAACUCCCGGAUCGAAAACGCCUUCGACACGCCCGGUGCACUUAAGUUGCUUGGUGCACGUUGAGAGGCGACCAGUUUCAGUGGCAGGAAACACAACUUCUUCCGUCCGGGACGGGCCGUCCUUGCAGGGACCGUUUUUAAAUUUUGGCCAUUGUUGGAUCCGGAAUAUUCAAGAUUCACCGAAUUUUGGAAGGAACCACUCUCAGUCAUCGAGUCGUGAAAGUACCCGGCAGAAGAAUCAUGAACUUCCGUUGUUCCAGAUUAUGUACUUACACGGCCGCCCGGUUGAGGAACCGGUCGAUAAUCAACGGAAUCGUGAGACCAAGGUGGACAAACAGCAAAGCAGCUGGAAAGUUUCGGUGGAUAUUUCUGGUUGAAAGUGUGUGCAAACUGCCUAAGUUUCGAGUUCCGGCUCAUGGAUCUGGUAGUGGCCACUCACUGCCGGGAGAUUUUACCCGAGUGGACGGAGGAAUCUGGCAAACAACUAAAAUUUCAAGUGUAAUAUUUACGAAUUGUGACAUGUUAUUAUCAGUAAUAUUGUGAAUAAAGUUGAAUAUUUUUUUCUUGUUUUCUUCAGCAAAAAAAAAUCCUUGAAAACUAAUUCGUUUCAUGGCAAUCAGAAAGCUUUAUGCUUACAUUACCCACCGCCAGAUGGCGGGUCAAAAGCUUCGAGUUACAGUCGUGAUCGAUAUUCAGAUGGCGCUGUUACCAUUACAUAAAGCUGGAAGCUUAAAAGCUGAAAGCUUUAUCGAUUUUAAAAGCUUGGCUGCGUGAACAAGUGUGCACGAUUUGCAUUUAGUUCAUGGAAAGUGUUCAUGGUACGUUUUCGUACCGUAGAAAUCGCGUUGUUCCCAAAUUCGUGGUACGUUGUUCACGUAUUUCGGAACGGUUUUUUC